AUGCCACACUGUCCUGUGUACAGAGAUGAAGGACGGGCCACUGCUCAGGAUGGCUCGCGAGGAGGACGGCCAUCCGACAGGCCCGGGGCCGGGCCAGCACAGGGAGCCACCUCCGCCAGAAGCCGCGGCUCCCGCCGCCUGGCAGAGCAGUGCUCUUGCAGCAGAGUCGUCCCGACCGGUCCCCUGGCGGCCGAGGACCCCAGCUUCAGGCUGCUCCUGGAAGAGAACACGUUCCAAGCCCUGGCCCAAGAGCCUCUGCUCAAGAGGCCCCGCACCGUGGAGGAUGCGCUGUUGGUGGCAGGCGGCAACCUGCUCUGUCUGCCCUUUCCCAAGAAGCUGUGGAGGCUCCUCAACAGCAGCCGGUUCACGUCCAUCUGGUGGGAGAAGGACGGGACGAGCAUCGGCCUCAAGGAGAAGCUGUUUCAGAAGGAGAUUCUGGAGCGGGACGGGCCCGACAAGGUGUUUGAGACCGACUGCACGAAGAGCUUCAUCCGGCAGCUGAACCUCUAUGGAUUCAGCAAACUGCGCCAGGACGUGCACACAUCCUUCUGCCUCACCAACUGCUUCACCGGGGGAGUGGGACCGGGGCCGGUCCGUGUCCUGAGCAAGUUACAGUUCUACAGCAGCCCUCUCUUCAGGAAGGACUGCCCCCACCUGCUGAAGAAGAGGAGAGCGGGCGUGAAGGCGGCCCAAAGGCAGGAGGAGGACAAGGCUGAAGGGCUGGGAAGCCCAGCGGAGGCGGAUCCCGCCAGCGGGCACCAGAGGAGCUCCUGUCCCCUGCGGAGCACCAGCCGGAGCAGCAGCGGGAGCAGCAACAGGAGCUGGUGAGCGGCCAGGAUCAUCGCCGUCCCGCUGCCCAGGACAGGAGCAAGUCUGCCCCUCCCGCCCCAGUCAAGAGCGAGUCCGCCCCUCCCGCCAUCCUCGGGGCGGCUGCUGAGCGCCCCCCCGACCCAUCGCGGUGCCGAGUACCAGCCCUAGGACACCGGUGCGCCCGUGGCUCUCGUGGCUGACGUGGCCGUACCCGUGGCGGUGCCCCGCCCUUGCCCGUGCUGUGCCUCGCCCUGCCGCCCCUGCAUAUGUACCCUCAUCCACCGCCGCCCGUGGACCUGGCUGCCGUUCCCCCUGUGCUGCUGCACCUUCCUCCCUUGUGUUCCCCGGGAUGAUGCCUCUGUGCCACCCGUGGGUGCCUGUCGAGGCCGCAGGGCCCAUUGACCCCAUGCCCUCCAUUCCUCCUCCCUGGCCCCGUUCCCCUACUGCCUGGUCUGCCACUGUUUCCUGGGAUACCUGCCACCUAUGGCUGGGCGCCCAGACUGCCCCUACAGCGCUCCCUACCGCAGCUAGAGGGCUCCCACCUCGGGCGGGGCAAUAAACCGGACGGUGACCGGGCUGUUGUCUGCUGA